AUGAACACUGAAGUAAAAUUCGAGGCAGUCGGAGUUGUCAAUUUUGAUCACUGGAAAGAAGCCAAACGGUUUUCUUACGUUCCACCGGCGUUGGAUUCAAAUGCAAUUGAGCUGAAAAUUGAAGUUUGCGGUGUCUGCGGCUCUGAUAUCCACGCGGCAGCUGGUCACUGGGGAAAGCUGUAUACACCGCUCGCAGUGGGGCACGAAAUUGUAGGUAAAAUUACAGCUAUGGGUGAUAAAGUAGACAAAACUAAAUUUCACAUAGGAGACAGGGUUGGCGUUGGAGCGCAAACAGACUCCUGUGGGGAUUGCCGCCGUUGCUCGAGAGGUUUACAACAGUCCUGCAAAGAUUCAGUUCUCACCUAUAUGUCCAUUGAUAAAAAGAAUGGAUUUAAGACUCAAGGUGGAUACGCAUCUCACAUUCGGGCAAAUUCGGGCUUUGUUUUCAAAAUUCCAGAAAACAUGGAUUCAGCCAUUGCGGCUCCUUUACUGUGUGGUGGCAUAACUGGAUUCAGACCUUUAAUGACUGCUGGCGUAAAGGAAGGUACAAGAGUUGGCAUUGUCGGUGUUGGUGGGAUUGGCCACAUGUCUAUUCAGUUUGCUAAAGCACUGGGGGCUGAGGUUACUGCAAUAUCGAGGUCGGACCGCAAAUAUGAAGAUGCGAAAAAGCUAGGUGCCGAUCAUUAUAUAGCAACUGCAAAAGAGGGGUCGCUAGAUAAACACGAAGAAUCUUUGGAUGUCAUCGUGAUGACUACCUCCUCGUUUUCGCAGAACGACAUUGAAAAAACACUCUCCUUAUUGAUGGCUGGUGGCCGUUUGAUAUUUAUCACCGCCCCCCCAGCUGACGAAAAAUUGAUCUUAACACCAUUUACCAUGCUCCUCAACCAAUAUCACGUCGGCGGCUCCUGUAUUGGAUCACCAAAAGACAUAGAAUAUAUGCUGAAGCUGGCAUCCGAAAAAGACAUUAAACCUUGGGUGCAACGGGUCAACAUCAGCGAGGAGAAUGUUUCAGAUGUUUGGCAGAAGAUGGUGGAUGGGGAUGUAAGAUAUCGCUACGUUUUCGAUGGUUACGAUGAGUAUUUCAAAUAA